AUGGCGGAUAAUACAACCCUGCUGGUUGACAGCCCGCCGCUCCCUUCCAUCCCCAAUAAGCCGCCAAAUCAAUCCCGCCAGCCAAAGAAGAGGUUUGUGGGCCGUAAGACCGCGGAUGCCCAGGCACAUAUUGGGAGGGAUGGAGAUUCUCAGACUCCGCAUACAACUUCCGUCCAGCAGGCUCGUCCCCGAAGAGCUCCUCGAGCCCUGAAUCAGGUCCCAAUCGAAAUAUUAGAAGACGAGGAUAUCAAAGCUGCCAUCUCCCUUCUCCCAAAAAAUUACUCCUUCGAAAUUUCAAAAACCAUACAUCGAAUACGAACGUCCGGCGCAAAACGAGUAGCUUUGCAAUUUCCCGAAGGCCUCCUCCUCUUCGCAACCACGAUAUCCGACAUCCUUACCCAAUUCUGUCCGGGAAUAGAAACUCUAAUUAUGGGCGACGUCACAUACGGUGCAUGCUGUAUAGACGACUACACCGCCCGCGCGCUAGGCUGUGACCUCCUCGUUCAUUAUGCUCACAGCUGCCUCAUUCCCGUCGACGUCACAACCAUCAAGACCCUCUACAUCUUUGUCAACAUUAGUAUCGACACACAGCACCUCAUCGCCACACUACAACGGAAUUUCCCAGCCGGUAAAACAAUUGCAGUCGUCGGCACAAUCCAGUUCAACGCAACCCUACACGGGCUCAAACCCAUCCUCGAACGUGCCGGUUACACCAUCCUCAUCCCUCAAAUCACCCCGCUCAGCAAAGGCGAGAUCCUAGGCUGCACCUCUCCCAAACUACCCCUGGACAAAGUCGACAUCCUCCUCUACCUAGGCGACGGCCGCUUCCACCUUGAAUCCGCCAUGAUACAAAACCCUACAGUUCCCGCCUACCGCUACGACCCGUACUCACGGACCCUGACACGCGAAUCAUACAAUCACGACGAAAUGCUCACACUCCGCCGCGACGCGAUCUCCGCCGCCAGAACAGCGAGGAAAUGGGGCAUCAUCCUCGGCUCCCUCGGUAGGCAGGGGAAUCCGCAUACCAUGGCCAUGAUCGAAAAGCUGCUCAACGACCGUGGCAUCCCCUUUGUCAAUUUCCUUCUUAGCGAGAUUUUUCCUGGAAAACUAGCCACGAUGCCGGAUGUUGAGUGCUGGGUGCAGAUUGCUUGUCCGCGAUUGAGUAUUGAUUGGGGCUAUGCUUUUCCGCGGCCGUUGCUGACGCCGUAUGAAGCGCUUGUGGCGCUGGGCGCGAGACAGGGUUGGGAUGAGGGGAAUGAUGGGGUGUAUCCGAUGGACUUUUAUGCGAAAGAGGGGUUAGGGCGCACGAGGGCGGAGGGAGCGGUGAAGGCUGCAGCUUGA